AUGCUCCAAAAGAAGCUAUGGUCCAUCCUUGCCCUGGCCUGCGCAGCCCUGGCGGCUGAUACGGACUCAUGCCCCUCGAAGAACCCGGUGGUAGUCUACCCCAGGCCUGCGGGACUCGGCAGUUCCACUUCAUACACAAUCCAAGUUCAUCCCUCCGGCAAAUCCCACCAAAAGCCCUACAGCAUCGAACCCUGGAUCACAACCGUCGCCGAAGCAAACACUACAACGGGCCGGAGCAUGAUCCACACUACAAACGUGGUCAACUUUGACUUUUGCACUUCUAUCGAUAUUACCCUCACGUAUAAUAAUGGCCCGAUCAAGUCAGCUGUCGUCCGUCCCGCCUCACUUGGCAUAAAGCCUCAGGUCAGGGGUAAGACGAUCAAGUUUUCCCUCGACAGUCCCAAGAACGUCGUCGUCCAGGUAAACGACGAUAUAUGGGACGUGCUGCAUAUCAUACCCAGCGCUCCGGAAACAGAUGUCCCCAAACCUUCCGAUCCCAACGUAAUCUACUUUGCGCCGGGAAUCAACAAUAGCAGCGCAGCCGGCAAUCUCACAAACGGGGAACUGAUCAUCCCCUCUGGAAAAACAGUCUACAUUGCUCCGGGCGCAAGCGUAAAAGUACCCCUCGUCUUCCGCAACGCAACAGCCGGCGAGAUCCGCGGCCGAGGCGUCCUGCAGAGCGCAAACAUCCAAGUCCGCAGCUCGUCAAAUAUCGCGAUCCGCGACAUCCUCUUCCUAAACAGCAACAUCGGCACACACAUGGCGUCCGAUGUAACAAUCAGCAACAUUGCCUCCUUCUCCUCAGGCCAAUGGGGCGACGGGAUCGAUCUAUACUGCAGUAGCAACGUCCUCAUUGAUAAUGUCUUUAUGCGGAAUUCCGACGAUAACAUUGCACUCUAUCAAGCGCGGAAUGGAGACUACGGGGAUUCGUCGAAUCUCACGAUCCAGAAUGCGCAGUUGUGGGCUGACUAUGCGCACCCGAUUAAUAUCGGGACGCAUGGGAAUACGCCGAAUCCUGAGACGAUGGAUGGCGUGCUUAUCAGCAAUAUCGACAUCCUCGACCACCGCGAGAUGCAACAGUGGUACCAGGGGUGUCUAGCAAUCAACGCGGGAGACAGCAACAUCAUCCGGAACGUUCGGGUCGAAGGAAUGCGGGUUGAGAAUUUCAGACAAGGUCAAAUCGUUAACCUCCGAGUUAUGAAUAACACGAAAUACAAUACUUCGCCCGGGCGCGGGAUCGAGAAUGUGUAUAUCAAAGAUUUGGAAUAUACCGGUGACCGGGCGAGUACGGCGCUGAUCCUGGGGCUUGAUGCUGAGCACAGGGUGGAGAAUGUCACAUCUGAGAAUCUGAUUGUUAAUGGGAGGGUCAUCUACGAUGGGAUGGCGAAGCCGAGCUGGUAUUAUACGGCUGAUAUGGUUCCUUUGUUUGCGAAUGAGCAUGUUGAGGGGUUGAGUUUUGUUGCUUCUCCAUGA